ACCUCAACCACAUCUGAAACACACACACACACAACCACAACCUCAUCGCUUCUCUCUCAUACUCCGCUCCGUUCUCUGGUCGGUCCGAUCUGCUUCUUCCUCUCUCCUGGAGUUUAUUCAGUUUUAUUCCCUGGAAGCUGGAUGAAUCAUUGGAGAGUUGUGAACAAGUGCGAGCAGAAAGCUGAGGCUCCUCGCUGCGUCCAGACGAGAAGACGAGACUCCAGAGCCAGAGGAAGAGUUGUGGAGGAGAAUGGAGCUGGGGACGUCCCUGUAUCUUCCUAUUGUUAUUCUACUGAUGCAAUGUUCCCCCUCCGCUCCCGUCACCGUGUCAUCCGACAAACACAAAGUGGAGGCGCAAGAGUUCAAAGACGCGGUGCUGUCCUGCACGUUCCGCACAGAGAUAGACCAGAACCCGCGCAUCGAGUGGAAGAAGAAAGGGAAAGAUGUCUCCUUCGUGUACUUUGAUGGACACUUCAAAGCUCCGUUUGAGGGCCGGGCGACCAUCGACGGGGCCACGGUGACGCUGCAUAGGGUGACCCAGGAGGACGCCGGGGAGUACCGAUGCGAGAUCAGCGCUCCUCGCGACUCCGUCAGCCUGGGCGAGACCAACGUCACGCUCAAAGUCCUGGUGCCCCCCGAAACCCCGUCCUGCGAAAUCCCCAGCGGGGCGGUGACAGGCUCCGUGGUGCUGCUGCGCUGUAGGGACCGGCACAGCAUCCCGCCUGCUAAAUACUCCUGGUUCAAGGACAGCGUGCCGAUGAGCCCGCCGCGCCACGCCAACGCCACAUAUCUAAUCAACUCACAGACGGGAGUACUGGAGUUUAAAUCUGUAGCCAAAGAAGACACCGGUCGAUACAGCUGCCUGGCUUCCAACGGAGUGGGGUUGCCCCAGAUGUGCGAGGGCAAGCACAUGACGAUAGAGGACGUCAACGUGUCGGCCGUGGUGGCGGCGGUGGUGGUGAUCUGCCUGGUCGUCAUGGUCCUCGCAGGCGGGGGAUUCCUCUUGCACCGCAACGGGUUCUUCAGCCCAGGACACAGAGGAAGGUCCUUUUGGAUCUCCCAGUGUCAUGGUGCAGCCCACAUCAGCAGCCAAACCCUGCACAGAACUGAGGACACAUCCAAUGUCAACUACAUCCCUCCGCCCCAAGAACCCCAGGAUUUCAAACACACCCAGUCAUUCAUGCUCUGAGAAGCCGGCCUUUCUUCGAGAUCACCCCCCCCCCCCACGUGAUAAGGUGCCAAACACUGGAUUUUCUCUCUGGACUCUGAACGAGCUCUCGAUCUUCCAACAUAUGUUCAUUUCAAUCUCUACCACUCCUUUUUGGAUGGCAAGAAAAUGUCUUCUUACUCUCUCUUGGCGCUGUGUGGGUCACAUAAGUCAUUGGUGUUUUCUGCUCUUAUGGGAUUAAGUUCACUUUCAUGGUGUUCUGCUCCCCCCUGGUGGUCAGAGUGUGAAAAUCCAAUUGAUCUUUUUCUGAACAAUCCAGGGACUAAGGGAGACUUUGUUUCUUCCCUCUGCAGGCCAAUCGUUUCAACUUUUCUUUUUUACCAAAGACUGAAAUUUAAGGGAUUUAUUUUGCUUUAAAAGAUUGAAUCAUCACAAGGGAAUUGUGCGUAAAGCCAUAGAGAAAGCAUUACUUUCAAUCUACUCAAACGUAAAUGUAGUUUACCUCAGCAUCUGCCAAUGUUUUGUCUACUGUAACACUGGGACCCCCAGCUUAUCAGUGCCACACAAGAGUCUUCUUAGUGACAACAUGAAACCAGACAAAGCCAGUCCAGGAGACCAGGGAGACAAUUAUAGUGAGACCAAUCCCAUUCCAUCCUAAUGUGCCUGCAUGGUCUUUUUAUAUAUAUAUAAAUAUAUAUAUACACACACACAUAAAUAUAUACCUUGUGCCUUUUUAAUUUGUCAUAUUUAUCUAGGGAUCACACUUUUUUGUAAAGAACUUGCCUUACUUUUUUCUGUCUUUAUAUUUUUGUGCCACUGUUUAUCAAUGUUUUAUCGAAAUGGAGUGUCUGUUUUUAGACAGUGUGUGAAUGGAUUGUUCAGAGUUUUAUUUGAAUGGUGUAUCAGUAAUAAAAUGUUUUUCUAUUCAAAACGCUA